AUGCCUGAAUUGCUGUGGAAGGCAUACAUUGACUUUGAACUAUCAGAGGGUGAAUUUGAGAGAGCUAGAGAACUUUACGAGAGACUCCUAGACCGAACAAAACACCUAAAGCUAAAACGGAAGAGUGAUGCAGCAGAUUACGAAGCUGAGUCUAGUGAUAGGACAGCUGCUACUGGAUAUACUGAAGCAGUUACCAGCCCCCUCCAGACUCCUGUGUCAAGCAAGGUGGGAAGGGCAAACAAAACAUCAAGGCUGACAAAGUGUAGCAGAUCUGGACCCCAGACUCCGGCUUCCAAUGUGGGUUCUCCUUCUGGGGCUAAUCUUACUCCAGCCGGACCUUGUCGUUUUGACAGCUCCCUAGGUCUCUUAACAAAAAAGUUUAUCAAUCUGAUCAAACAUGCGGAAGAUGGUAUUCUGGAUCUCAAUAAUGCUGCUGAUACUUUAGAGGCACAAGUUGAAAACCUAUCUGAUGAGGAGCGCAGAUUGGAUCAGCAAAUAAGAGAAAUGCAGGAAAGGUUGAGGGACCUGAGCGAAGAUGAAAGCAAUAAGAAGUAAAGUUUUAUCCUUCAAUGUUCAGUAUCAAUUACAUUCCAUGGAAGGUCAUCACUGGCUAGUUUUGAACAUUCUAUUUUUAGCUUACCCUGUUGUAAUUUAUGCAAACACUUAUCUCAGUUUUCCUUUUUACUUUGGUGGAUGGCUUUUUGUCACUGAAGAAGACAUCAAGGGCUUACUUUUAGGGAGUAGAUUUUAAGGCUUGAGAGCCAAGCCAAAAGGCUUUUGUGCACAAGGAUACCAAACAGCUCACGUAUGCCUUUUUGUUGGGUUUGCAAUGGCCAAAAGUUGAAAUAAUGCAAGAGGAAAGGUUAUUUUGGUUCAUGCAUGUUUUUGUUGGAGAAGUUGUGAAGUUUUCCUAUGCACAAUAUCAUUUUCUUAGU